AUAGAAUGCCGUACUUAUGGCAGUCUAGUUGGCUUUUCGGCGUUUUAUGGGAAAUUGGGAAGCAGCUGGUGGAGGCGAUUAUCGAAAUUGUACCGAAUAGAGACGCUUGCUGGCCGCGCACAGUGAAGUCCAGAAUCCAGAGAUCAUGUGCAGCUGCAGACGGUUCAAUCCGUUCUACAUCGGACCCUAUCCGGAGCGUGCCUGCGGGGAUUGUCCGUAUGGCGAGUACUCGGGCUUCACCAGAUGCGGAUGGAGCGGCGGAAACGGUCCCUUUGGCACCACCUUCUGUGAUUCCCGCUACGGUGGAGGAGGUGGAGGAAGGCGAUGUGGAAGCGGAGGAGGAUGUGGCGGAUAUGGAGGCGGAGGGAGAGGCAGAGGUGGUUGUGGGCCUUCGUGUGGUCCUCGUGGCGGCGGAUCGUCCUGGUGUCCCGGCUUUUCCCCGUACUAUCAGUCGCCGUGCGAAGCGGACAGCUGCAUGAUGUGCUCCAGUGGAUUUGGCUGCUGUGGCCAAUCCUGUCGCACAUCCUGCUACUCCUGCUGCUGAGUGGUCGUUUCGUGGACUCUGGACUUCACUGUGUGCGGUUAAUUGGUUUCUUGAGUUUUUUUGAGCAAAAUUGAUUGUAAAGCAGGAA